AUGAAUGAUUAUCAACAACAACAUUCGUUGAUUGUUCCAUCGACUCCUAUCAACGAUAUUACUGAUAUAAAGGAUCGUCGCAGUUCGUCUCUCGCUGUUGUCAUUGAGCCGAUCAUCGUAGCAACAGAAGAAAUUCCUGAUGAUAGCGAAGUCGUCAAUAGACCGAAAUCAUUCCCGCUAUCUGGUAUUCUCUACGGUCUUUUAGGAAGUUUUCUUUUUGUUACUGCGACAUUCACCGUCAAAGAAUUAGGAAUCGAUCUACUCGAUGCACUUAUUAUUCGUUUCAUCAUCCAACUUAUUCUCUUAAUAUGCUUUGUUAUUUCUCGCCGUUAUUCAAUCUGGCGAGGUACAUUAAAAGAAAAAUGUUUACAAAUCGUUCUAUGCAUUUGUAAUGGUCUAAUUUUUCUCGCAUAUUUUAUUGGUAUCCGUUACCUGCCUUUUUCUGACUUUACCACACUGAAUUUUACACGUUUAUUAUGGACAGUUACCUUUGGCGUAUUGAUCUAUAGGGAAAAACCCACUGUCAUGAUCAUUCUAGCUGUUGUUUUUACACUUUUUGGUGUGACAUUUGUUGCGCAACCGACAUUUCUCUUCAAACAGAAGAUUAUCAUCGAAAAUACAUCAUCAACAGAUCCGACUUCGAUGAACUACCGAACGCUUGGCAUUUCUCUCGCAUUGAUAACUGGUCUUUUCUCUGCUAUUAAUCUCUUAAUUUUCAAACAAUUGUUAACAUUACAACUGAAACCGAGUGUUUUAAUUCUUCAGCAUUCGCUUGUUUUCCUUCUGUGUAUGAUGUUCAAUCAAGCUUACAAAUAUUUUCUACUCGAUGACAUAACGUUCUUCACAGCGACAAUCUUCCAAUGGAAAUACUGGUUAGCCGGAUUGAUUAGUCUUCUUCAAACAUUAGCAGUUAUUGUCGGAAAUCGUUCAGUGAAACGCGAACCGCCAUCGAUCGUUACGAUUGUUUCAGCGUCCGAAAUCAUCUAUGCGAUUGUCUUACAGAAUUUAUUUACAAGAAAUAAGUCGAACAUAUGGGUUGUGAUUGGAAGUUUAAUGGUGGUAUCUAGUGUUCUACUUAUUGGCGUACAUAAAUUUGCACAAGAGCGAAAGAAGAAGAAGAAAAACGUUGAGAAUGAUAAAAGUGAAGGAAGCGCUUGA